UGUGCCCAUGAGCUGAUCAAAGUAGUUCUCAUCAACAAGUAGGUAUCAUUUCACCAUUGUUAGGAUGGAGAAAACGCCUCGACUGUGGCUGCUCUUUCUCACCUCAGUGUUAAACUGCACAACAAACCAAGCCUCUCUGACUGUAACUCCCAGCAGCUCUCAGUUCUUCAGCUGGACGUUUGUGUCUCUGAGCUGCAAGGAGGCCGACAGCUCUGCUGGAUGGACUCUGAGGAGGAACACCACAAAAGAACCCAUGACUCAGUGCGACCACUGGGGAAGAUCUGAUGGCUCUUCCUGUGUCAUCACCCACAUCUUCCCAUCGGACAGUGGAGUUUACUGGUGUGAGUCCAGUCAGGGAGCAACCAGUAACAUCGUCAACAUCACUGUCACUGGUGGACCAGUGAUCCUGGAGAGUCCUGUCUCCCCUGUGAUGGAGGGACAUGAUGUCACCCUGCACUGUAAAACAAAGAUGUCCUCCAACCACCCGGCUGCUUUCUACAGAGAUGGCUCCUUCAUCAGGACUGAGGCUGCCAGGCACAUGAACAUCAGCGGUGCUUCCAGGUCUGAUGAAGGCCUCUACAAGUGCAGCAUCAGCGGUGUUGGAGAAUCUCCAUCCAGCUGGGUCUCCGUCACAGGUAAACCCACGUCCACGGCCCCUCCCUCUGGCACAGACCUGCACCCGCCCCCGACCUCAGAGACCCCGACCUCAGACCACCACCACCUCCUUGUGUUCAGACUGGUGUGCCACCUGGUGGUGUUCAGUCCGUAUUGCAUCUCCACUUUCCUCAUGGUUUCUUUAUAUCGACGCAGGCCCACAGGAAAUGACCUACCCGUCUCCAUGGCAACAGCUCCAUCCAACCGGGCUGAGGUCGAGCUUGACUGAGGACUGUGAUGACGUUGUGGCGGUCAGCACCGUGCAUCACAUCUGACCUGAACAGAUCGGAGACUGUGUGUAACGUUACAUCAGUUUGAUAUAAUCUGUAAUUUGAAUUGCUCCUUUACUUAAACAUCCCCAUCCAUCUCUGUACAUCUGAAUAUUUUCAAUAAAGCUUUGUUUGUUU